AUGCCUCAAUCAUCCGCUCCACCCGUCCUGUACUCAUUCGACGAUACCAACCACCUCCAAUCAUCUUUAGCGAAUUUCAUCCUCAAGGCUCAGACCGAUGCGAUCCAACAUCGAGGUGUAUUCACUAUCGCCUUAUCAGGUGGUUCUCUACCAAACAACCUCAAACCUUUAGUUGAUAUAAAGGAAAUUCAAUGGGAUAAAUGGCAAGUGUUCUUCGCAGACGAACGAAUCGUUCCUUUAGAUCACCCCGAAUCAAAUUAUGCUGCCUGCUCGAAAGCUUUCUUGGACCUGGUACCAAUAAAGAAAGAACAGAUCCAUAAGCUCAACACCGAGUUGUUCAGGGAACAAACGAGGAUUGACCCCACGGCAGAAAUCAAAAAGGAAGAAGAGGAUGAAGCUGAGAACGAAGCUGUAGAAAUUGCAGAUGAUUAUGAAAAACAACUUGUCAACACAUUCGCUGGAGCGAAUGCUGCCCGAUAUCCAACAUUCGAUCUGAUCUUAUUGGGAAUGGGCCCAGAUGGUCACACAUGUAGUUUGUUCCCUGGACAUGAGCUUUUGUCGGAGAAUGAUAGAUGGGUGGCGGAAAUUCAAGAUAGUCCGAAACCACCCAAGAGGAGGAUUACUUUUACCUAUCAAGUCCUCAACCACGCUUUCAGAUGCGCCUUCGUAGCUUCAGGAGAAGGUAAACAAGAUAUGUUGUCUAAUAUCUUGGAUAGACCUGAAGAGGGACUACCAUGUUCGAGGGUUAGACCUACCUCCCCCGGUCUCGUAUUCUGGUUCGUAGACCACGCAGCUUCAGGAAAAGUACAAUACCCUAAAACCGAAUAUAAAUGGAUCCAAAAAGCUACUGAUGACGAUCUGAUCACUACCGAGAGGAAGAGGCUGAAGGAGGAGAUGGACGCUGCGGUCGAAGCGGCUGAUCAUUAG